AGUCGAAAGUCGACUUUUGGUUCCCUAAUUUAUUUGUCUGCAAACAUGAUUGGUACAAACUUUGGUAUUUUUCGUCCUGCAAAUGCCAGUUCCACUAGCAAUGGUCCUACCCAGAAUUCUACUUCUAACACGGGAAAUCCCAUACAAGAAGGCUCUCAAUUAAGUGAUUUUCUCCUUCAGUUGGAAGAUUAUGUUCCGACUGUACCCGAUCCUGUUACUGCAUUUUACUUAAACUCUGCCGGAUUCGAUUCAAAUGAUCCCCGUAUUGUUCGUCUAAUAUCGGUGGCGACUCAGAAAUUCAUUUCAGAUGUAGCCAAUGAUGCACUGCAGCAUUGUAAAACCCGUACCAAUAAUCAACAAAAUGGUUCAGCCAAAAUGAUAAAACCCAAGGAUAGAAAAUACACUAUGACCAUGGAAGACUUAGCUCCCGCUUUAGCAGACUAUGGAAUAACAGUGCGAAAAUCCCAAUACUUUCCUUAGUUCUAUAUCGAAAGUUUUAUUUUUUUAAGUAUAAAUAAAAUGUAUACUAGGAUUAAUACAAGUAAUUAUCAAUUAAA